AUGCAUUUGGAAAUUCAGUUAGCGGCGUAUUACAAUGCUCUUGAUGAUCUUCUCAACCACCAGAGCCAAUAUGUGAAAGAAUUGAAUGUGGAGUUUCAGAAAGAUUAUGAGGUCCGGUGUAGGAGUCAAAGAACAAUAUACCACCAAUACAAAAUUGGGCUUGACAAAUUCGUCAAGGUUGGCCAGCAAAACUUGGAGCAAUUUGAUAGAACAGGUGACUUUUCCAAAAUACGAGUUUGUAUGCUUUUAAAUCAGUAUGUUCUAGGAGACCAACGAGUGAAGGAUGCAGUCAGACUCACAUGCCAGCAAACGAAUAUGGGCUCUUUGGCGACGAUAGAAGUCAUUUACAAGUUAGUAAUGGAUAGUUUUAAGCAGCUUAAAUGCGACUUAUUGGAGGUAAAGAGUGUUUUGCCAAAUGGAGCUAAGGAUGGAGGGACCAUCGAUGAGUUUGAGCAUUUUGCAACCAAUAUGGCGGUGAUUAAGGUGAAUCAUUUGAUGAACAACGAAGUGAGAGAUGGCCAUGUCAUGCAUCGAAAUGGCGAGUUUGAGCAUCUAAUCGACAGUCCCAAUGACACCAGGCUUGUUGAUAUAAGGCUAAGGCAGAGCAUCCAAAGGCAGAAUAUUCAGGUACACAACAAUCAAAUGCAGAAUGAGACAGGGCAUGAUAGCCAACAGCAGAGCGACGCAGGCCGAAAUUUUCGACGGAAAUUUAUUGGCCGGCAAUUCCCGAAGGGAAAAAAAGAGAUUGAAACCAACGACAAACCUCAAAUUGUUCUUGACAGCUUCCAUCGGAAACAACUUAAAUAUCUCCGGGGCCAAGUUCGAAAGCUAGUGUGCGCACUUGAGGCGUUGGAAUCGGCAACCCAAACGAUUCUACAUCUGAGCGAGCAAACAUCGAAGUAUUGGUGGAAAAUGCUUGGAAAUAAUGAUUACGACUAUGGUGUACGAUAUUACUUGGAAAAAAGUCACGGUCAUCAGAUAUACAUUGUGCAACUACUAGAGUAUGUCCGAAGUGCCAUCAUACGGUGGAACAGAGUGGAUAGUGCGAUGAGCCAUUUAAACCGGAAGGUGGAGAGAUCUAUACGAUCACAUCGUCAGUCACAACAUCAGACACCACAUGAAACACAAAGUGCAACUGAAUUAACUUGUCAAUCUCAAUGCCAACCUAAUCCUCAAUGCCAAUGUGAUUCUCAGUCACAAAGCCAAUGCCAAUCACACCGGUGUCUGGUUGAAUUUUUCUCCUUAUCCAACUGUGGAUCAGAGUGCAUGCCAUUUCGCGACCUCUUGCUCUCCUCCAUGCAAAUCGAAGCCGUGGCCUGCGUGAACUACAACGCUGACUUGUGGCAUCAUAUGUGCAACAAACUCUCUGAACAUCAAUGGUCCAAGUAUGACCAAAUCGUUUACGACUACAAUUCAUCCGUGACAUUCACAGAGUUUACCAUUGGCCCCCCACCUUCCAGAUCGGGUUAA